UGUCAUCUGAUUCACUACCUGAGACUCAGCCAUCACUUGACAGUUCUAAAUUAUUUGAUUUGUACCUUUGACAAGCUGAAGUCUGUCUCCUCCGAAGACAUUAAGAUCACGGAUGCUGUUUUUGAUGGUGUGGAAGUCAGAGUGUUUGAACCUCCCGCCAAGCAAGAUGAAAGCCUCAAGCGCAGCGUUGUUUACAUCCACGGAGGGGGCUGGGCCUUGGCAAGCGCAAGAACAAGCCUUUAUAACAAUCUCUGCAGAAUUAUGGCUGAAUCUCUUAACGCUGUCGUUGUCUCAGUUGAAUACAGGCUGGUACCAGAGGUGUGCUUCCCCGAGCAAUUCCAUGAUGCUCUUCGUGCUACUAAGCAUUUUUUGCAGCCUGAUGUCUUAGCUGAGUAUUCCGUUGACCCAAGUCGAAUUGCCAUUUCUGGCGAUAGUGCAGGAGGAAAUUUGGCAGCUGCUGUGUGUCAGCAGCUUAGCAAAGAUGAGCAUUUGACCAUCAGACCGAAACUGCAGGCCUUAAUUUAUCCAGUUCUUCAGGCUUUUGACUUCAAUACACCUUCUUAUCAGCAAAACGUGAAUAUGCCCGUUCUUCCUCGUUCUGUCAUGAUCAACUACUGGAUAGAUUAUUUCAAUGGCAAUUAUGACUUGGCUCACUCACUGGUGAUUAACAACCACACUGCCCUUGACGUUGGCCAAGCUCUCUCUUUCAGAGGACGCCUGAACUGGACAUCUCUACUGCCUUCAUCGUUCAAAAAGAACUACAAGCCUGUAAUACAGACCACAGGCAAUGCUGAAAUCAUACAGGAGAUACCGGCACUGCUUGAUGUACGAGCCGUCCCACUCCUUGCAGAAAACGAAACUCUGCAGCUGCAGCCAAAGACUUACAUCCUGACCUGUGAGAACGACGUCCUGCGAGAUGACGGGGUGAUGUACGCCAAGCGCUUGGAGAACGCCGGCGUGGAAGUCACGCUCGAUCACUUCGAUGACUGCUUUCACGGCUGUAUGAUAUUCACCAUUUGGCCUACUGAUUUCUCUGCAGGCAUUCAGACCAGGAACAGCUAUAUCAAAUGGCUGGAUGAACACCUCUGA